CCCGCUCAGUUGCUCAGCGGCAGUUGACAGCGUCGGUUCGUGGAUCAGCGAUCGUGGAUCGUGAUUUUUGGCCCGCCGCUCGCCAAGGUUAAUUAGCCAAGAUUCGAGAUUCGAGAUAUACGAUAUCCGAGAUUACACCGAGAAAGAGAGCGAAGAUCCCCCAGUGAUGUCGUUUUUCCGCAACAUACGCUCCUCCCUGUCCUCGUCGUCGCGGGCCAAGAGUUCCCGCUCCUCAUCCCGCGACACGACGCCGGUUCGCUCCGCAUCUCGGCCAGGCAGCGUGAUCAGUGCCGUGGGUUCCCAACGCCGGGACUCGACCGCAAGCUCUACUUUGCAGCGCGGCGACACCUUCAUACUGCCCAAUUCGGAAGAGGAGGGUGGUCCAGCCUCGAACACCUCCACCCUGGAGAAGAAGUCGAAGAAGUCCAAGGUCUUCAGCAAGUUCAGCACCUUUACCAAGCGCAAGAAGACUCCAUCGCCCGAAGAAGUGGCCAGCUAUGAGCAUCAUCCCAGUGAUACGGCCACCAAUACCUACUACAAGUGGCGCAGCGAUGGAGCGGAUCGUCUCCAGGACUACGACGCCCAGGCGGAUCCCUUCAACUUCCUCUACGAACAGCACUCCAACCUGAGGGCCCUGCAGUCGGGUGAACCCAGUGGCAUCCAUCGACAGGCCAGCAUUGGUUCCAAUUCCAGCGGCAGCUUCGAUUCGUCCACCUACCGGAAGAGCAAAACACCCACGCAUUUGCGGGAGCAGCUGGAGCAGCUGAAGACCCACUCGAACGAUGAUCUGCUGGAGGAUCAGCAGCGGGAGGAGGACGAGCGGGAGAAGUACAAGACGGUCACUCUGAAUAGCUUUAGGAAAUCCUUCAGGGACCGCCUGCUGCAGCAGCAGAAGGAGACGCCCCACAACCCCGCCUGGUUUGUGGAAGUUCCCGCUCAGCAGUCGGCGGCCAAACCCCUGGAACGACGCGAAUCCAAGGAGAAUCGUCCGGAUUUCCUGGUCUUCGAUAAUGAUAACUACCGACCGCAAUCCCGUUCUCCUCUGCGGGAUCGUCCCUCCCGUUCCGCCACCCGUUCUCCAGUGAAACGCAACGAGACCUUCCGGGUGACACAGCCUUCCGUGCGCCACAUGUCACCCUCACCGGCGCCUGCUCCCUCCAUCCGCAUCGAGAUCAAGAACUCCAUAUCACCACACUCUCCGGGGAGAUUCGUGCCCGUGGGAGUGGCCAAGCCGAUGCCCACCACGGAGUACUAUGCCCAAAGAUUGUUGGCCAACAGAAGCAGCUUGAGUCCCAGUCCAGGUCAAAAUCAGGGAUCUCGAUGGUACCGUCAGCACACCUCGCCCACCAGGUUGAGUGUGGGUCAGCAGAAGAAUCACCUCAGUCAGCAGCAGCAGAACCCGCAGCUCAAUCAGCAGCAGAAAGGAGGACGAACCCUGGUGCACAUAGGAUCGGAUCAGGGUAAAGCAAUAGCGCCUCCAACCAGGGGAAGGGCCCCCACAAGGGUCCAGCUGUAUGGCAGUAAGCCACAGAGCAGACCGCAGCCGGCGACCUACUUUGGCGGGCACUACAAUGCACCUGUGAAGCCCAGCCCUCGGGCGUCCUCCACUGGAGGCCCCACUGUAUUUCUGGGGCGUCGCGAUCCACCAAUGAUGACACGUGCCACCAGCAACAGCCACACCACCGCCCACAUUGCCGCCCCCAUGCCACGUCGCAACCGAUCGCCGAUCAAAAUGCCCUGGCGGUAGGCGUUAACCGAAUAUCUGUAGUGGAAUACAUAUAAUGAGAAUGGAGAGUCAAGAAUGAGUGGAUCACAUAUAUAGCGAUUCCAUACACAGUGACAAAGUCAUCGAUAUUGCGUCAUUAUCAGAGCUGGGAGCUCAGCUUUGCAAACGCUGUUUUUGCCCAUCCGAUAAUGGGCAAAUAAAUGAUUUAUGUAUCCAUCAGUCCGAACAAUCCGUAUCGUGUGUUGUGAAUUUUUUCUACGUAAAAUUAUUGUUAAGUAAAUAUAAAAAAAAAACAAACAAAAAAUAAAUGACAAACAGAUAAUGCAAAA